AUGACUAGUAGAAGAGAACUACUAUGUAAGUACUACGUAUAUAAGAAGAUUGCUAGCUCAUCUGUGAAUUGGUCUCAUCAUCAUCAUCGUCUAAACUAUCUUCUAAUUAUCGUUCUAAUCACACUCGAAAUCGAAAUAGAGCUGAUGAUUACACUACCACGGGCAAAGUAA